AUUCGGCCUUUGAAUCGUCAUUAUUUAUUAGCACAUUUGACAAUUACCGCCGGUAAUUGCCAAAUAUGGCUAAUAUUGCUCUCUGUUUCGUUUUCGAUCUCUUGGAUCGGUGCCUGUGACAGGUUUCCCACCAACAGAAUCUCUGACAAGAAGGCGAUCAUUGCUAAAUGUGGGCGAUGACGAGGGUGGUGUGGGGUUCAUUCCACCAUCGGCUAUUGAAAUAUUACCAACUCGGGUACUGUACAACCCCCACCAUCGUCACGAUCUCACUAUAUCCGAUUGUUAAGGAAAUGAAAGUCCGUCCCUUACAUUUUACGUUACCCAAUGAGAAUAAAUUAAUCGCAGCGCCAUACUUCUCCCUCCGUUGUAUUACUAUCUUUUGUGCCUUCUUGCCCGCCUUUCUCUAGACCCAGGCAUUAGGAUCUCAAACUCCAAGAGCAAACCCAAAUCAAGUCUGACUUAACCCUUAAAAUAUUAAAAUGUCAUAUUUAGAAGGCUUGUUUGGUCUAGAGGGCCAAAAGGCUCUUGUUACGGGCGGUACAAGAGGAAUCGGGCAGACCAUGGCCCUCGCCCUCGCACGAGCAGGCGCAGACAUCCUCCUGGUUCAACGAGACACCACCAACAAAGCGACACACGAUCAAAUCAUAGCACUGGGACGUAAAUGCACGAUAUACACUGCAGAUCUUGCAUCGCAGGAGUCGGUAGCAGGUAUUCUUCCAAAAAUCCUUGCUGACGACCACAAAAUCACUAUUCUCCUCAACUGCGCCGGCAUACAGCGUAGACACCCAUCUGAGAAAUUCCCAUCGAAUGACUGGGAUGAGGUUCUGCAAGUCAACUUAACAACCGUCUUCACCUUGUGCCGUGAUGUGGGCGCGCAUAUGCUCUCGAAUGAACCUGAUUCCGCCAACCGUCGCGGAUCUAUCAUCAACAUUGCAUCGCUCCUCUCCUUUCAGGGUGGGCUUACAGUGCCAGCCUACGCAGCUUCCAAAGGUGGAAUUACACAACUCACAAAAGCUCUUUCUAACGAAUGGGCAUCAAAGGGCAUCGCUGUGAAUGCAAUUGCUCCGGGAUACAUUGCUACUGAAAUGAACACUGCGUUGAUUGAUGAUGAGAACCGAGCAGCAAGUAUUUUGGCAAGAAUUCCAGCAGGGAGGUGGGGGAAACCGGAGGAUUUUGAGGGAGCUGUGCUCUUUCUGGCAAGUAGAGCGAGUAUGUAUGUAAGUGGAGAGGUGUUGACUGUUGACGGGGGGUGGAUGGGAAGGUAAAUCAAAAUAAAUAAAAACAUGGUGGAAUCAAUCUCAAAAGAAACCUAAGAAGAAAACAUAAUUGAUCAUCGAUUCUCUUCCAGGCAACCUUCGCCUCCAUAACUGCCAUCCCCACCUCCGGAGCCCGCACUUUAUUCCUCG